AUGUCUGUCUCUCAUCUUCAAGCUUGGGCUAAGAAUGAAGCAAAUGAGUUGAUAAAGAAGUAUGAUAGAAAUGGUGAUGGUGUUCUCACUAAAGAAGAGCUACAAUCUUUCCUUCGUGAUGCUCGUGGUUCAACUCAACUCAAUAAUAUAAGGAAUGUAUCGUCUAGCACAGUCCCAAAAACUAACGAAAAUCUUGCACAGAAGGUUAGCUCAAAUACUUGCAUAACACCAAAAAAGCAGUUGUUGGAUAAAGCUCAAGGUUCGUCGAAACAAUCUAAUGUACCUUUGAGUCGAGAGCAGAUAAAAGAGAUUUUUAAAUAUCAUGACAGCAACAAAGAUGGUUUUCUCAGCAUACGGGAGUUAACAAAAGCUUUCAGCUCUAUGGGAUCAAUUGUCCCAUUUUGCAAAGCUCGAUAUGCUAUGGCUUAUGCUGAUGUCGAUGAAGACGGUCUUGUCAGUGAGGCCGAGCUUGACAAACUCAUUGAUUAUGCCCAUAAAAUCAUCAAGAAGAAAUGA